UGUCGUUGCUUUGGAUGGGUGCGCUUGCCUAUCGAAUCAUAUGUACGUUGUUACUUGUAAUUAUGAAUAUUUUUAAUAGAUUUAUCAAGUAAUAAACCGUUCUUUGAAACUGUAUGGAGUGUUAAAAGUGUUCAUAGUGAACUUUAUAAAAAAAUGCUAUCCAAUGCUGCUGUACACUGAAUAUGGCUGAGGAAAGACUAGUGGUUUUGAAUCGAAGUGACAACUUAGGUUUCGGAUUUUCUUUACUAGGUGAAGCCGGUUUACCUCACAUAAUUUAUGAAAUCGAGGAAAACUCUCCUGCAGCUCGCAGUGGUGAGGUAGAGGCGGGAGACGUAUUGCUCAAGGUUAAUGGGACUGACGUGAACCGGUUCACGACGCGAGAAGUUUUAAAAUGUUUACGACUCUCCUCGGAUCCCGUCACUUUACGACUGAAAAAGGACCCACAGAUCAAAGCGAGUGUGCGGCGGUAUCUGUCGGCCGCGGCGGAACGGCGGACCAGCGGAGUGCUUCUCAAGAACGAUAAACCAGACUCGCCGCCGUCCAGCAACUCGAACAGCAACUCGUCGAGCAACUCGUCGAGCAACGGGUCGGGCGUGCAGUCGGGCGAGAGUUGCGAGGCGCUGCUCGCAGAGGACAGGGCGGUGCGGCGGCCGCGCGCCAACCAGCCCAAGUUCGAAGCGUACAUGAUGACGGGCGACUUGAUGCUCAACCUGUCGAGGGUGGAACACCCGCAUCACAAUCACCACGCGCCGACACAUCGGACACAUUACCAUAGAUAUAAUUCGACGCCGGCGUCGCCAGCGGAGAACAGAGUACAAGCGCGCGCGGAAUUGUCGCAGCGACAUAACUCGUCGCCGGACACGGGGCUCGUGGGAGACCAUGCUAGUAAAUUAUUUAACUCCCAGCCCGCGUCGCCGGCGGGCGGCGCCACUUCCGCGGGUGAAAUGUCGUCGAGAACGCAGCAGCAAAUCGUGCGAACUUCACGCUCUGAGGACCACUUGCAGUUCCAGAAGGAGUCGUCGCUGAGCGCGGUGGCUGUGGACAUGGAGGAGGACGUGACGUCAUCGCUCAACACGCUGCUCGAUGCGAGACCGGAUUCGGCCACGCCGGGACCACGCUCCGAGUCGGAUGAACGGGAUCGAAUCGUGUGGACGUACAACGCGCCGGUGUCGCAGUGCAAUGGGUCCGCCACUUCCAACUCCACAUCGAUCUCCGAUGGCAUGUCACAGAGGUCGUCGUCGCCCGCGUCGCCGACGUCCGCGUCGUGGUCGGCCGUGUCGCCGCGCGCCACGCCGCCGCACCGCCACCUCGCGCCGCACCACCACCGCACGCUCAACGGUGAUAUGAGCCUAUCAGAAGCCGUAUCAAAUAUAUCUAGUCCAGACUUCCAAGACCAAGACGACAUGUUCGAGACGGGUCGGGAAUGUCCCCGGAUGGAACUGUCCGAUCCGUCCGAUUCCGAUUCGACGAUAUUGGUGUCGGAACCGUGCCAUAAACGGGCCAAGUCCAAUUCGACAUUUUCGGACCACAGCAGUGACGUGACGCUUAACGGGGGAGAACAGAAGGACUAUAGGAUAGUGAUACAAGUGAAGGGACCAGAUAAGGGUGGAAAUAAUAACGAUAAUUUGAAUAAUAAUAAUAACACGAAUUAUGCGCAAAACGGCAAAGAGAACGGGUGUACGUCGCCGGAGAAUCAGGGCUAUCAGGAACUAGGUUCAGAUGCAGGCUCAGAUGAAGGUUCAGAUGGGGACUCCCUACACUCGUUUCAUUACAGCCCCAAAGCAGUCGAUAUUCCUUCGGCGGAGAGACUAGCCAAACGGCUCUAUCACCUCGAUGGCUUUAAGAAAUCCGAUGUGUCGAGGCAUCUUAGUAAAAACAACGAGUUCUCGCGCGCCGUGGCGGAGGAGUACGUGAAGCACUUCGAGUUCGCGGGCGCGACGCUGGACUGCGCGCUGCGCACGUUCCUGUCGCGGUUCGCGCUCAGCGGCGAGACGCAGGAGCGCGAGCGCGUGCUCGUGCACUUCUCGCGCCGCUACCUCGAGUGCAACCCGGGCACCUUCAACUCGCAAGACGCGGUGCACACGCUGACGUGCGCGAUAAUGCUGCUGAACACGGACCUGCACGGGUGCGGCGGCGGCUCGUUCCGGCGCAUGUCGUGCGCGGAGUUCAUCGACAACCUCGCCGAGCUCAACGACGGCGACAACUUCCCGCGCGACACGCUCAAGCAGCUCUACCACGCGAUACGCACGCAACCGCUGCAGUGGGCGCUUGACGCAGAGACGCCGGCAGCGCCGGGCGGCGAGAACCGGUCGAGCGGCGGCACCAACCCGUUCCUGCACGUGCCCGACCAGAGCCGCGCCGUCGAGUACAAGAAGGGAUACGUCAUGCGCAAGUGCUGCGUCGAGCCCAACGGCAAGAAAACUCCAUUUGGCAGAAGAGGUUGGAAGAUGUUCUAUUGUACACUACGGGAUUUAGUAUUAUAUUUACACAAAGACGAACACGGCUUUAGACGGAGUCAAAUGUCGGAUAAUCUACAUAAUGCUAUAAGGAUACAUCACGCGUUAGCAACGAAAGCGACUGAUUACACGAAAAAGCAACACGUCUUCAGAUUGCAAACUGCAGAUCAAGCUGAAUAUCUAUUUCAAACGAGCGAUUCGAAGGAGCUGCACUCGUGGGUGGAGACGAUAAACUUCGUGUGCGCGGCGUACUCGGCGCCGCCGCUGGCGGGCGCGGUCGGCUCGCAGCGCAAGUUCCAGCGCCCGCUGCUGCCCUGCUCGCACACCAAGCUCUCCAUGCGCGAGCAGCUGGCGGAGCACGAGGAGCGCGUGUCGCGGCUGGAGGAGGAGCUGGCGGCGCUGCGCCACGCGCGCGACCACUCGCGCGACCCGCCCGCCUGCCGCGACAAGGACCACUACCUCGUGCACGAGAUAAAGAGGUACCGCACGUACGCGUACGUGAUGCGCACGCGCGGCGGCGGCGCGAACGCGGACGAGGCGGCGCCGGCGCUGCCCGAGCGCGAGCGGCCCGCGCCCGCGCCCGCGCACGCGCACGCGCCGCCGCCCUGACGCGCCAUGGCGGUGUUCGCCGCCUGCGUGCUCUGACUGUGCGCCCCGAGCCCCGCGCCCACGCACGCCGACACGAUACCCCCCCACACACACACACACACAGACACACACACAUACACUAGUAAAUGUAUGGAACGGUGAAUCGUAACUGGGAAUAUGGAAGGUCCGCGUUCGCUCCCGUCAUCUGAUUCAUUGAAUUCACACGAAGAAUAGUAUAUGGAAGAAUAAAUUGUAUGAGGAAACCUAGACACGAGUAUGGAUUACCCGCGAGCGACCCUGCAACCCGACAUCCAGACACUCAUACAAAAAAAUAUAUGAAGCGAUGUACUGUAACUAUAUACAGAUAUGUACGUCAAAAUAAAAAUGGCAACCCACAUACACACACAAAUAAAAUAUGAAACAAUACAUUGUAACUGGAAUCACGUGUAUGCGAUGCAUAAAUUCAUAUUGGAUAGGCGUGCGCAAAACUAUAGUUAAAGUCCAAUUGGUGCAUGUAAUUUAAAUUGCAAUAUUGGGUGUUAUGGGAAGCAAUCGGAAUCGCAUGAAUAAUGUUACAAAAGGGAUAAUAUCAUUAUAUUUACCCAAUCAGUAAAUAUGUAAUCUGGUUUAUUCAUUGCAAAAACAAAACCUCAAAAAUACAUGUAUAUUUACAUGAUUGAAAAAAAAAUUAAUGUGUAAAACACUAACAGGCCCAAGUAACCAAAACGAGAAGGAAAUUACUGGGAGUAUGAUCUAGCAGUAAUUUAAACAUUGAUAUAAAAUCAAUGCUAAUUUAUAUUGAUAUUACGUUUUCUACUUCCCAUUUAAAGCUCAAUUAAAAAACGAUUUAAUAUCCAUGUUUAAAAAUUGCUAAUGCACUAUAAAAAAGAAAUUGUCCUUCUUCAUGGUCUAUUUAUAAUUGUGGGGGUUUAUAAAAUAACUAAGACCUUAAAGUGGUGGGGUGAGGUGCAGAACUGUAAUCUAAAUUAUUCUGGUGUAUAUUUAAUUAGAAAAUCGUAAUGUAUCUCUUAACCAACCUCGAAGAAGGUGAAAAUUAUAAUCUGUAUAAUGGUCUCUUAUAAUGAGAAUAUUAUCCCAACUAUGCCCCGUUCUUUAACUGUGAAACAACACAAACCAAUCGUCUCGCAGUUCAGGAUUGGGAAAUUAGUUAUUAUAAAAUAAAAAUGUAUGGAACGAUUUUAAAGUCGGACAUAAUAAUACUGCUUCAGAAUGUUCUGGAACAAUGUCGCUCAAGUUAUCCGUAUUCUAUCGAUAGUGUGCGUGCCCCAAAGACGUGUGUUUUGGCCUAAACCAAAAUGAAUGUGCGGUGUUCUUAGUGCCUCCUUCGAAUUACAUAUAUACUUCGGUGUUUAAAUUGUCGUUUUUAAAUUAUAAAGUACCAAAAAAUUAAAAAACGCAAUAGAAUACUAGCUGUUUUUGUGUCUAUACUUAUAAUGAAGUCGAAAGUUUAUUCAUAAACGCGUAUUAUCAAUGAAGUUAGUCUUAGACAUACAAAUAUUUAUAAUUAAAUAUGACAACUGUGAUGUGCGAUUGUUGAAUGAAUCGGAUAUAUCGUUCUAAAUUAACAAGUAAAUUAGUUAAAUUUGUAAGAAGUAUGUAAGUAUUGUCGUUUGUACGUAACAUAUCCCACAAUUGACACGAUACCAAAAAAUCAGGAUUAUCCCAUGAUAAGUAUAUUAUGUAGUCAUAUGUAAGCCUAGGUCCAUACCUAAGCUUACUUAUUGAGGUAUUUUAAAAUUACUUGUAAGCGGACGUAAUAUGCAAUACAUAAAAUGUCAAUAUAUAUUACAAUUAGAACACAAUUUAUUAAUUUCUAUAAAGCGUCAAGCGUGCCUUCGAGAGAACAUAACAUGACAGUUACUUAUUCAAAAAACUGCUUAAGUAUUGCAUUUUACGUUCAUGAUUUGGUACUAAUUCCAUUAUGAAAUUCGAUAAUUACAUUUAACGGGUCAAAUGAAAUACUUAUUCAUGGAGUCGAGGAUAGUGUGACAGUUAUACUCUUAUAUCGAAUCGUUCUUUGAUUCAUACAUGUAUGCUGUUAAAAUUUUACUAAUAUCGUUUAGUGAACAGCUAAAAUUCAUCGUUUUUACUAUCCGGGCUCAAUGGAAUAAGUACAGAAAGCGGAUAUAAGAUCGUAAAAAAGAAUAAUGAAAUUUCAUAUUAAACUCCGCUCGAUUUGCGUAAAACUACUAUUGUUCUAGGUAAGAAUCAGUAUAAGCCAAGAAAUUUACUAAAUUAGGUAUGCUAUGCUAUCCGACAGCAUAGUGAUAUAAUAAACAACAUCGAAGGUUUUAGUCAACAGUUCAUUCUAAUCCAUCAUAAGACUGAAUAUUAUACUCAGUAGACAUUCCACUGUCCAUACGUUGAGUGAGUAAUAGCAUUGUCAAAGAUAUCAAUCAUUGCCGUUGACACCGAAAGUUUUUAUUGUUUUGUUUUUGUAAAAUCGCUACCCCUUUUUAUAAAAAAAAAAUAUGUAUAUACAUUUUUUGUAUGUAUUAAUAAUUAUAAAAUGACUUAUAAUGAAUUAAUAAUAAAAUGAGUGUGUAGAUAACACUCAUUCAUUUUAUAAUUAUUUUAAAUAAAUAUAGAAAAAUAUUAGCAAAACCAAUAUAAAACAACAAAACGUGAUGUCAAAGGGAAUGUCGAUAAUAACUUCAUAGUUACACUACUUGACAAAAUUUAUGUUAUAUAAUUAACGUAAAAUAUGCAAUAUUAUGUUAUUUAUAUAACAUAACUAUGUGUGUUCAUAAUGGACGCAGUUUUAAAUACAUUGUAAUGUAACGUUUUUGUAAAUUAAACACUUAAAUCAUUCAUCUAGUCCCGUCUUCCUAUACCCAUGCACAGAUAUCAAUAUUUCACACAAUUUAAUGUAGCUGUGCGUUGGAAUAUUAUUACUUUAAUUAGAUAUAAAGUGAAUUUUUAAGAAGGCUAAAUUCGAAACUUUAAGAUGUAUAAAAAAUCAUUAUCCAUACUCCAAACUAUAUUGCUGUCAUCAAGUAAACUGGUUUCGGUAAACAGUCUGCCAAUAUAUAUAUUAUUUUUUUGACCUUAUCCAUCAAUAAAAUCCAACUAAAAACAAGCCCAUGAGAAAUUCCCUGUAUAAUAUGAAUAAAGUACAUAAAUUUUAGAGUACUAAGUUAAUCUCAUGUAUGAAAUAAUUUGCUAUAUUGUAAUGAAAUACUCUAUCGUGUAAUGUAACGUCUGUUGGAUAGAUCCUUUGUAGUCUUUCGGUAUGUAUGAUUGAGUUAGAACACCCGGCGCCCAUUUUGCAUUUGCGUUAUUUGAUGCGUUAAAUAAUAAUAUUAUAUGCUUUGAACGUUUGUUAAGCCUAGGAUUGGCUCCAGUGUGUUGCGAACAUAUUAGAGAAUCAUUCAAUAGCAAGUAUUGUUAUAUUUGAUUUUACGCGAGUAUUACACAUUUAGAAACUUCAAACUUCUUGGACGGAUUAUAAACACGAUUAAUUCAUAAUAUUUAUUACGGCGUUUCGAGCGCUUUCGAACACUCCCCGUGACCCGGGAUAAAUAAUAUAAUGAAUAAAUCGCGUUCAUUUCGAUAAGAAGAAAUUCAUUUCUAAAUCAUUCUAUGUUAUAUGUACUAAUCGCUUACCACGCACAACUAGAGCUAAAAAUAAGGCUUACAAGUUAUGUGCUUUGUCCUUCAACAAAUAUUAUACUCUGUAUUCUGUAUUACGAGCUAAAUUUAUAUUGUAAAUAUAUUUUAAAGUAUUGAGACUGAUAUGUGAAGUUAUUUAUUUCUUUUAUAAAUCAACCAGUAUCAAAUCUAAGAAGCAUAUGCAGAUAAUUGAAUUAAUAUGAGUUUUAUUAUAAAUAUUUAAAUUCCUAAAUGCCUUGUCUCUAAAUAUACUUAAUUAUUUGAGACAGGCGUUCUUAAUAUUAAAGCUUUAUUUAUAAAUAUAAUAAAAUAAAGUAGAUCGUAUUUGUCGAAUAGUGCCAGUAAAGUGAUAUUAGGGCCCUCGUAUUAUAUUUAUUAUUUUAUUUGUAAUUUUAUUAAUUCUUUAUUAUCUUAGCUUCGCUGGGGGUGAAUGUGAUCGAAGUGUUUUGAAGUUUUUUAUUUUACUGUUUGAUGUAAUAUGGUUUAUGAGACAAAGUAAUAACAGUUGGAAUCUCAUAAUUGGUGCGAGGCAUGACUGAACGAAUUUCGGGAAUUAGAAAUUUGUGACACAUGAAUAUUUAUUGUUGACUCGCCUUAAGUUUUUGAUAAAGCACGUACAUUGUACACUGAAAUCAUAUUACUUCAAACAGCUUCGAUUUUGAAUCAUAUUUACUACAAAUGUCAAAAAAUUUUCAUACUAGGUAAUUAUUUCUGUGAGUAUAUGGUACUUAUUUACUUUUGGUCUUGAGCCCUUUUAUUAUAUUUUCGUAUUGAUGAACAGCUGGAUUUAAAAAUUGAUUGUAUGUAAUGUAUAAUUGUUUAUGCAGCAAAUUAAGCUAAUCUGAGGAAUUUAAGAACUCGAGUUUAUAUGCUGCGUAUUCUGGAGAUACCGUCACAUAAAAAGCAUUAUCCCCAUUUGAUUUUUGUCAAAUAUAAGUCAAUCAGUGUAAAUAUUAUAUUUUGUAUGCUUUAUUUACAAUUUACUUUUAUUUUUUAUUAUUUACUGAAGUGUAUAGUUUGAUUAAGUUUUGUUUGAUUUUUUUAAUAAAAAUUUGAUUUGUA